UGGUCCACUCCUCCACUGGUUUAUUCCCAGUGCAACUUUAAGAGUCCUCUGCAGAAAUGAACAUGAUGAGAGGUCGGAGUCUCCUCAGCGUCGCAGGUCAAUGGCGCAGGCAGGUGGUGGAUGCGAGCAGGAGAACGUUGUGCAGCAAACCCCAGGAGACCAAAGCGGAGCCUCCAGCUACAGCUCCUGCCAACACCCACCUGGGAUUCAAGCUGCCUGGGUACAGACCCUCAGACAUGGAUAAGAAGAUUCUGAUCUGGUCUGGGCGUUUCAAGAGCGCCGACCAGAUCCCAGAGUUUGUGUCGUUUGAGAUGAUCGAUGCCUCAAGGAAUCGGAUGAGAGUGAAGGUGUGCUACGGCAUGAUGGUGACCACAAUAGCUGCCUGCUUGAUAAUGGUCAUUUUAGGCAAACGGGCAGCGGGUCGACAUGAGUCUCUGACAGGCCAGAACAUGGAGAAGAAGGCCAAGUUGAGACAGGAGUUCCAGCUACAGCAGCAGGAGGCCGCUAGCGCCGCCGCCAUGUCUGGAAAGGCCCAAUGACAGGACAUGUCCCACCUACUAAAUGAUCUCCUCUCCGGUUAUU